AUGCCGUACGACGAUCGAAAUCCACAGAAGAUGGUUGAGAGGCAGCUGCAACAUCGAAUUCGGUUCCCAAAAAUAGAGCUCAGCAUACAAGUGAAGACGCUGAUCUACGAGAUACUACAUCCGUAUCCACCGUCACGGCCGACGUACAAAGCGAUUUGUUCCAGUGAUUGGUUGAAGGAUACACCUUACUUAUUCAAAGGG